UUGGUUUUAGUGUAACGGGAAGUUUAGUGUCAGUCUGUGAAAAAUAGAAUUCAGUACAGUUAGGGCUGUGGACCUAUAGUCUAUGGUUGGAAUAUUUCCUUCAUAUGCAGAACUGUCUUGAGAUCUGACCAUGCAGUUCAUUUCCCUACUCAGCGUCACUGUGCUCCUUCCUGCCCUGGUCCUGCCUGAAGUCAUCCCACCUCAGAUUGCUGCCAAGACACCCUUUGUCAAGUGUAAAAAGUUCUUUGCUAAACCAGGAGGAAUUGUCACUUUCCCAACCAUCUUCAAUCAAAAUCAAUAUAAACAGAUUUGCCAGAAAAAGGAGAAUCGGUAUGAAUUUGCCACUUUGUACAACACAGAGGACAAGAUUCCUGUGUACUCUGCUUAUCUAUACCAAGGAAAAGAAGAAUGUGUUCGUAAAAGUACCUGGGACAUAGAACCUCAGCUUGAUGACCCUAAUGGUUCUCCAAACAUGGGCCCUACAGAACAUGUGGAGAAAGCAGGGACACACCAAGCCCUGACUGAAGACUAUGAGAACCAAAUAGAGUAUGACAGAGGCCACCUGUACCCCAUCUUCCACACUUUUAAGCAGUGCACAGCAGAUGCCACGUUCACUCUGACCAACGCGGCCCCCCAAAAUCGAUCUCUGAAUCGUGGUAAGUGGCGUGUGCAAGUUGAGAAAGUAACAAAAAACUUCUUAGAUGCCAACUGCACUAGUAGACAUGCCUAUGUUGUUACAGGGGUCGUGCCAGGAACACAAACGUUAAAUAAUAGGGUGAUUAUACCAUCUUUUUUCUGGAGUGCCUACUGUUGUCUAGAUGAAACCUCAGGGAAUCCAACUCACUCCGAGGGUUUCAUCAGUGCUAACAAUAAUGAAAGAAACAUUCCGAAAAUUCCUGUGGCAGAACUGGACCGUAAACUGAGUGACCAGAACCAUUAUGGCGUUCCUUUUUCCGUGUUUGGAAACCGUUGCUGAUACAGAAACACAUCAGUGCUGAUCAAUGAAAGAGCAUUUGAAUCUCCUGCCAAUCCCUUUUUUUUUGCUCGCCUAUUUCCUGAAAAGCUUAUGUAACCCCUCCAGCACUUACCCAGCAGACAGACAGUCACGGGGGGGCCUUCAGCCUGUCCCAGGCAGCGUGGGAUCACCCUGGGCGGACUCUGAGUAGUCUGCCGCAUGUCACUAGUUAAGCUAGUUAUUCUCCAAUCAGACGUCUGUGAAAAAGCAUCAUAUACUCUAUGUAUAACUUUCUUGCCAAAUAAAGCUAAAGCAACACUG